AAAGGUGUUACACAGAAAAUUGCCCCCAACAUGGGAGGUGCAGCGCAUACGAGUGCAUUGCAGUAGUCGGCGAAAGAUUAUUUGAACACAACCCGAUUUAUUAUACUGUGCCGUUUUGAUCUGAUUUCAGUGUAAAGACUAUAAAUAGACUCGUCUGUCGGAAGUCAUCCAGAACAGGCAACAGUUAAAGCCACGGCGGAGCAAGUUGAGUGUCUGUUUUUGUCUCCGGUCUUAAAAGCACAGUGUGUCAGUUCGUAUGAAGCUUUUAUUCCCAUUAAGAUUUGAAUAAUGUCAACGAGCUCGCUGGAUAUAGAGCUACAGGAGCGUCUGAGAGAGGCCAGUGCCAUCGGAGACAUUGAUGAGGUGAAGACUCUAGUGGAGAGCGGAGUCAACAUCAACUCUCAGAAUGAGAUUAACGGAUGGACGUGUUUGCAUUGGGCCUGUAAAAGAAACCACAAACACAUAGUGGCCUAUCUGUUGAACGCCGGAGCCGACAAAGACAUUCUAACAGCGAAAGAGGAGUUAGCCGUUCAACUCACUUCCAAACCUGAAAUCAGAAGACUACUUGGGGUGGAAGAGGAAGACGUGCCUGAGCUGAAGGAACCAGAGCUGCCAAUCAUCCCCAACUAUCUUUCCAACCUGCCCUUCCUGUACAGCAAGAUGGAUAACGACAACCUGAGCAUAGCACAGCGAAACGGCACCAACAAUCAUUCAGAGCCCCUGGAGUCAGAACCAGCGACUUUAUCUCCGACACAAGAGCAGCAGCUUCCGCCUCAGCAUCAGCAGCCCAAGAGCCUUUACUCAGACAGCCAGAGCCAGCAGGAGUUACCCUACAUCCCCGUGGUGGAGCAGAACGGCCUGCCCAUGGAGCUCUCCUCAGAGACUCAUCACACCAACCACUGCGAGUUUACACACCCUCAUCCCAUAGCACAGAACGGCCCAGUGUGUCCCACACUUCCUUCUCCCAACGGAAGCAGCGGCCAGCCGCAGGUCCCCAGUGCCACCGUCACCCGGCAGCCGUCCGUCCCGCAGCAGAUCAACUGCUCCCAGCUCGGUGGCUCCAUGCCAGCCUUCCAGCCCUUCUUUUUCACCAGCACUUUUCCUGUUAACGUACAAGAGCUCGUCCUGAAGGUGCGCAUCCAGAACACCAACGUCCGAGAGAACGACUUCAUCGAAGUGGAGCUGGACCGGCAGGAGCUGACGUACCGCGGCCUCCUCCGCGUGUGCUGCCGCGAGCUGGACAUCAGCGCAGAACACGUGGAGAAGAUCCGCAAGCUGCCCAACACUAUGCUCAGAAAGGAUAAAGACGUGGCACGGCUACAGGAUUUCCAGGAGUUGGAGGUGGUGCUGGAGAAAACCGAAGGCUUGUCACUGUUCUCCGGAGGUCAGGGAGGUCUGACCGACAGACCCUGCUACAACAUGAAGGCCUCCAGGCUCACCUACUAGCUUCACUUUAGAGACUCAGUUUAUCAGCGACCUGCUUCCUCAAAUCCCAAACAUUUCGGAUCCCAAAAUAUGCUCCCGUGUUGGGUUGGUAAAUGGUUCAUAUAACAUGUUAGCCUUAUUCCUCAUCUCCUUCAUUAACAGAUGCAUCCUUAGUGCCUCCUCCUCCAUUGUAACCAGAGAUAGCUUGUUCUUGUUGAUUUGAAUAGGCAAAUCCAUUCAACUUACGACUUGACUUCGGAAAAUAUUGAAAUGCACCACUUUUGUAUACUGUCUCACUGCCUUGCCUUCAUAUCGUGUCACUUUGAGAGAGUAGGCAUUUCAUCGUACAUCCAAACAAAUGUAUACUGUCCUAUCGCAAGAGGUCUGUCCAACAAUGCUGGCCAAUCAGCUGUUUAGUGGUUUGUAUGCCUGCAUUGAUUGCAUACCAAUGCAUUGAAAUCAAAACAUAUUUUGUUUGCCAGACAACUCUCUGUGCAAUUUACCAAAACCUUGCCAUUAUCGGGGAAGCGCCCUUUAUAUUUAACCCUUGAGAAUUCAGUGCUGUAUUUUGAAUGCUGUACACUGUAAGCCAAAUAACUCGUACUAUAAACUAGCAUGGACUGUUUAAAGUAGAUCGGCCUCAUGUGUGAACACAAAAUGUCCUUUGUUUCUCUUGAACUUAAUAAUGUAGCAAAAGAUUUCUUCGUUUUCCCCUGUUAGGAGCUGAAUUGGAGAUGAAUAAUAGGAUAUUUAACCACACAGAGCUUCCAGUCAGCAUCAUAUUGACUUCUCUGGAGUGCUUAGCUCUCACAUAUUUGAGAAGCAGGAUCUGUGUUCAAGAUAAUAGAGGUAACCGUAGUGCCAUUCUACUAAACACUUUGCUGUUUUAUGGAUUAUGAGCAUAAACAUAAAUUUCUGGUCGCAGUUUUGGUGGGAAUGCUUGAGGUUAGGUUUAGAAGCGGCGCAUAAACACUACAUUGUUGUAAAUUAGCUUUUGGACUUGAUCGAGAUUGUGUUACUGUGAGAAGAAUUUCUAAAGAUUUGUCUUACGAAUUGUUUUUAGUUUUCUCUUUUAGUUUUCUUGACUGUCUAACCAAGCAUACGGUCAUUAGACAUUUGUUAACAAUAUGCUUCUAUUGUUGAGAUGUAACAUUAGCCCCUUGGAAAGACGUUGAUAAAUUAUUGACAUUAAAGUUUUUUGUUUUGGUUUU